GCAUUUUCCAUAUCAUUCGAAAACAUUCUGAAAGUACGUGUUUUUAAUUUGCUGAAUGAAGGGUGCGUGAGACGCUCGUGCUGCAGGGCUGACAGUUUUUGUUUGAUUUGCUUGUCGUGCCACCGUACAAUGUCUAACUCUGCAGACGAUCUGGUAGUACAGGUCGAGGACUUGCCUGUUGCUACGAAGGCCACCAGUUCGUCUCCAACGCUACCAUCAAAUCACUCUUCGGAGAAAGAAGAGACAAGUAGCCGCGACCUGAGUAGCAGCGUAUCCGCUGAAGCUACGGACGAAGCGUCGUCAGACGACGAAUAUUACAAACCUCUCAAAAGGUUGUGUACUAUCCAACUUAGGCCCGCUCCUAACCCGACGAAACCGUUGAGCUCUUUUUUCAUCAAAGACAUUUUAAAUCACAAACCCAGCACACGGACCAACCUGAUUGAACGGGGAAUUGUCCGACCAUGGGAUCUGGAAAGUCCGCCAGCUAAGAGACGGCGGCCGCGCUCGGCUGACGACGAUUCUCGAUCCGAGAGUGACUCUCCCGAAAGCCCCGGAGUCGGAAAUCUCGUUUCAUCUCCAUUAGACGCACUUUUUGAAAUGACAAGUAAAGCCUUCGACGGAUUAGAUAAUGGAGAAAAGUCCCUGG